UGUCGCGGGACCAGAGUCUUUGCUUUGGGUACAAUCACAUGAUUCCCGAUUCUUCUCUUCUCCUCCAUAGCUGGGAGCGUCCACCCGCCCUCCACCAGUAUGGCGACAUCCUCCCAGUACCGCCAGCUGCUGAGUGACUACGGGCCGCCGUCUCUCGGCUACACCCAGGGAACAGGGAACAGCCAGGUACCCCAGAGCAAAUACGCCGAGCUGCUGGCCAUCAUCGAGGAGUUGGGGAAAGAGAUUAGACCCACUUAUGCGGGGAGCAAGAGUGCCAUGGAGAGACUAAAACGAGGCAUCAUUCACGCCAGAGGACUGGUUCGAGAGUGCUUGGCCGAAACGGAACGGAAUGCCCGAUCCUAGCUGCCUGGCCUCGCGGAAGGUUUUCCAUCUUCGUCCAAGACCAGAAGUUACAGCUCAUCUCCCAUGUUCAGAUGAAACUCUUGUUUUCAAAAGGGUAACAGUUUGGUUUCUCCUUCCCACGUCCCUCCCAUGGUUCAUGAGGCUCUGAGAUUGAGAAAUAUUUUGCAGUUGACUAGGAUUUACAUUUUAAAUAGUUAGGAAUUACCCAGGGUUUUUUGUUCUUGGUUUUUGGGGUUUUUUUUUUUUUUUUUUAAGCAUUGAUUUAAAAGAUGCACGUAAACGAUACCUGUCUCACAGCAAAGAUCCCAGUUACGUUACCCAGAUUGUUCUCCGUUCUUUUUCAUAAGCUAAUAAAACUCUGAGGGUUUUUUUUUUUUUUUUUGAGUGCGUACAUUUGCCACACCGUGUGGAUUCCGCUUAAUGUAACUUCUUUUGUGCUUAAGCAUUUGCUUGCAUGACUGUUAGUGCUUUGAGGUCAAUUUAAAAAAUGCACAAGUUAUAAAUACAGAAGAAAGAGCAACCUACCAAACCUAACCUAAUGAGAACCCACCCCCACCCCCUCCAAAUUUUCCUACUAAGACUGUGUGUGGGUUUCAGUUCUGCUUUUCCUGUAAGUUGAUCCAAACAUCUGGAAGAAAAUGACUAAAACUGUUUGCAUCUUUGUAUGUAUUUAUUACUUGAUGUAAUAAAGCUUAUUUUCAUUAACAA